AACCGAAACGUCAUGAGCAGUGGAGCUUAACGAAAGUUAUAAUAAAUUAUUUUUAUACUUUUGAGAUUGCUAUGGCUGAAGAAAUAAAUAUAAGAAAAGUCUAAAAUGAACAGCACAGAAUACAAAAACUACCAUGAAUCCUUCAUGCAAAACAACCAUGGUUCAACAGCUGUGCAUACUUUUACAUGUGUAUUUUUUACAGUGCAGUGCGCUUUAUUUUGUGCAAUUAAACAACAAAAUCCUAGAUCAAUUCAAUAUGUAAGUGAAUAUUUGAUAAUUGUACUUCCUACAAUAACAGCACAUACAAUUUUUUCCAGUUAUAUUUACGAACUAAACUUAUGUGUAUCUAUAUUGUUAUUGUAUGAAAUACUGAAGAAAAUCUCUUAUACAGAGGUCCAAGAUGCUUUUAAAAGUAAAAACGUCUUUCCAAAUGACAAAGUGCAGUCGAUAACAUGUUUGAGAGGCCUAACAUAUCUAAUAACUGUAAUAUGUAUUUUGGCUGUAGAUUUUAAAGAUUUCCCGCGUUACUUGGCGAAAACUGAAAGAUAUGGUUAUAGUUUAAUGGACACAGGAGUCGGACUAUUCGUGUUGAUAAGUGGGCUUGUACAUAAAGAUUUUAAUAAAAACAAUUAUGCAUCUGUUCUAAAGAGUAAUGCAAAAUUUGUUUCCAUACUUUUGAUUCUCGGUCUGACAAGAUAUUUGUCUGUAAAACAGUUGGACUACCAAAAUCAUGUGACAGAGUAUGGGGUGCAUUGGAAUUUCUUUUACACACUUGCAGUUUGUAAGUUCCUCUCAUCUCUGCUCUUGUUUUUCUCUUCACAUUCUUUUUUAUUGAGUAUUAUAGUAAUAAGUAUUCAUGAGUUUUUACUAUACAAUGGUUUAGAAGCUUGGGUGUUUAGUGAUACACCAAGAACUGAUUUGAUAGAUGCAAAUAAAGAGGGUAUCACAUCAAGCCUUGGCUAUGUUGCAUUAUACCUAUUUGCAGUUAAAAUAAAACAUUUAUUGAUCAAUAAAUCUGUCAAUAGAUAUUAUGUAUUCCAAAAACUGAUUAUAACUUCAGUUUUACUAAUUGUUUGUUCGUAUAUUAUUAAUUUAUAUAGGCCUGCUUCGAGGACCCUUGCCAAUACAAGCUACUGCAUAUACUUGUCAGCUAUAACAGUUAUAGUUUUAUCUGUAAUGUAUUUCUUAGGAGUAUCAUUUGGUAGUACUAACACAGGUUUCAAUGUCCCUUUAAUAUUAAUUGCCAUUAAUAAUAAUGGAUUACUCUUCUUUUUAAUCGCCAACGUAACCACCGGAUUAAUAAAUAUGUCAGUAAGAACAUUAUUUGUACCCACUAUUGCAACAUUUAUAAUAUUAAAUCUUUAUAUGAUGCUAACUAUAAGUAUUGCUGUACAUGCAAAUAAGAAAGGAAUAAAAUUAUAAAUAAAAUAUUUGUGAUAAGAAAAUAGUUUUAUUGUUUGUAAUAAAUUAUUCCUUACAGUUAAAGUAUUACAUGUAUUUAUUGUUCAUAGCCACUUUUAAUAAAAAAUCUAGACUUAUAUUAUUUUACUUAAAAGUGAUGUAGAAAUUAUAUUAAAUACAGAAUACUUAUUAUAAAAAUACAAUAUUUGGCAUAAUUUUCAUAUGACAGUAAUUUCAUGCAAAAUAUUACAUUUGUAAUAUAUAUUGGUAUACAGACUAGUCAAUUCAUUUGCACUUUAGUAUAAAUAAUAACUAAGGAGUAUAAGAUUAUACACUCUGGUCUCUGUAAAAUAGUCACUGCCUACCCAUUUUAUAAUAUGAGCAGUCCCAGUAAAAACAGGAAAUGUUUACUGUAUAAAACUCUUAAACUAAAGUAAACCUCAGACAUACUACAUACUUAUAAAAAUUAAUAAUCCUCAAAAAAUUCUAAAAAAAUGUACUUUGUUAUACAAUCAGCAGGGGUUUGAUUACGGAAAAAUUACAGCCACAGUGUAACAAUGACAAUCAUCUCUUAAUGGCCAACACUAGCUACAUUUGGCUGCAAUGCAUUUUUGCAACAACAAUACCAUAACUGCAGCCAAUUACAAUAACUGCAAUUGUAAUAUGUAAAAGUGGUAAAUUAUUUUCAAGUUCAAAAGCACUUGUAAAAGUUUACUUGAAUACAAAUAAAUUCUAAUCUAUUCUAAAUAAUGAUUGAUGCAGGUUUUCAUGGACCCACAGGUCUAGCAUUAAAGUUUGACAGUUACAAUUACAAUAAGAUGAUUGCACUUCACUAAUGGCUUGAAUAUACAGUUGUGGCAAGAAUGGCAUAAAACACUGUUUUCACAGGCGAGUGGCAUUAUUUACUGCUGCCGUCGUCGCUUGUCGACGACGUGCGUCAACUACAGUUGCCAGCGCGUUCACGACAGAUAUGUCGACACUAAUUGGCGACAGCAGGAGCUCAUA